AUGUUGCCAACACUGGUGCGGAGGCUGGCGGCAGCUCCGAAGCCGAAAUUGACCAUCCAGAACAACCCCUACAAGACCAAGAAGGUGUGGCCGCCAGACUUUUCCAAGCUGUCGCCGCAUGAGCAGUUCAAGUUUGAGAAGCGGUACAAGAGGAGGGUCAAGCUUGCAUCGGCUCGCCCAAAGUGGAACAAGAUCAUACAACUCACGCAACUCUUCAGCAUCACAUUUGUUGUCAUCUACAGCGUCCUAUUUAUGGACUGGAAGGGAGAAAGUCAACCUUUCGAAGGGGUGCGGAGGAGAUUCUGGGAGACGAUGGGGUCCUUUUCACCCUCCGAGCGGUUCGAAAGACGGAAGGACAUAGACCAUCCCUCGACCACGACGAAAUAA